AUGUCAUGGCCCAAGAGUGGCUAUGAAUCUGAGCUCCAUGAGGCAAGGCACCGAGCUUCACUAAAGCUCCCAGUUACUGCAUCUUUUUCAAGUCCUUUUAACGUGUUACCAGUGAAGACCAAAUCAAGCAACGCUGACUUUCAUGUUCUUUUUUUUGAUCUGGAAAACCUUGUGGAACUUCUACUCUCUACCCAAUUAAAUAGCUUUAGCUCCUCCAACUCAUUGCAUGGCAGUGACAUUCUGAAAAGAGCCAGAAGCACCUUCGAGAAAAGACCCCUAACGUUGAAAAGAAGUAAAACCUCCAACUCUUCUAUUUCAGGGGAAGGGCAGAUGAAAAAUGUUUGUGAGAAUCAGGGCCAGGGAGAUAGCCCAGGCAAGUCCUUUGAAGAAAAUGAGGGCAUCAAGCGACAUAAAAAAAUGAAGAGCUCUAAAAAGACUCAAUUUAUGCCACCAAGAAAAGUUGAUACCAACCUUAUGAUGGACACAGCUAAACUUCUCUUGUCAUGCCUCUUACCAUGGGGCAUUGAUAAAGAAUUAGAUAAUCUUUGCAUUCAGCAUCUAAAUAUUUUAAGGCUUCAAUAUCCAGUUUCUUUAGGACUAGUUUCAAAUGAAGAUCAUUUCUCUUUAAUGUUGCCUGGUUGGAACUUUUGCAGUCUAGGAAUGAAGGAAGGGUGUUCAGUAGUCAACUUGUUUUCCAGAAAAGUGCUGGAGUUGUCAAAUAAAUAUAUUGCUGCACUUCCAAGUCAGCCAGAAGAAGGAGAGCUAGAAAGUGAUUCAUCACAAGGGUCAGACACUAUAGUAUAUCUAUUAAGCAAACUGUUUUUAGUUAAUAAGUUAGUUAACAUGCCUUUAGAAUUGGCCUACAGAACCAGCAGCAGUUACUACAAGAAGGAAUCUGUUCCUAACAAGGGAAAAAACACUGGCAUUGAUAAUUCAAGUUUCUAUGGCAAUUUACGAAAUGGUAAAACUGAAUUUCAUUUUCCUGAUGCUGAUCUUUCCCUGGUGAAGCUAGUUUCCUGUUGGAGAGACCAAUCUGUUCAGGUCAUUGAAGUAAUACAGGCUGUUCUGCUGGCUGAAGUUCAACAAUAUAUGAAAACCUUAAGAAAGAUAUCCAUCAGCAGUCCACUGCUGUCCAUGGUAGACAAUAGAAAUGGAGAGACGGAGACACUGCCAAAGAAUGAACAGUCAGAACAGCUAGAGUUACAAUGCAUUAAAAACAUUUCUCUGCAAAAUGAAGAAACUAAGACUGAGACAGGUGAAGCAACUUCUCCAUUGCCAGACAAGAUAACCAGGAAGUUUCUGAACCAGGAUUCAAAUUCAGGUCAGUUCCUUUUCCUGCAACUUCAAAUACCUAAUAUCAGAGAUCAGAUGAUAUUCAGGUCUCCUUUUAACUCAAAAGAAUGA